CGUUUUGUGUGUUUUUGGGUCCAAUAUGUUGAUAGAGUACGUCACACUGAAAAGAAAUAUAGAUAUAGUCAGGUUAUAUACAGUAGGUGAUAAUAUGCUGGGAAAAAAUAGAAUAAAAUAAAAUAUAGUAUAAAUAAAAUCAGAAAUAUUAAAAAACAGACUAUUAAAAAUAGACUCAAGACUCUUAAGGUUAAUGCCGCUCAACUCACCUUGCGACCAUGUUCGAUCUUUUUUCUUUCUGCAACUAAAAGCUCAAUUAUUGUGAUUAUUUUGAUUAAUCGUUUAUGAUUUAUUCGAAUUAAAACGAGUAAAUAUCUCAAUGUCUUUGAUCUUUGAUCUAAUUGCAGUGAGCACCCCUAAUUUCGCUGAUUUAUUGCUGAUAAUCACUCACAAUGGAAACCAAUCAAAAAUGUGGGGAUGGACUGACUGGGACGCAGAAAGAGGCCUCACUGCGCUCUCUCAUCCAGCGCACUGGAUACCAGUUACACCAGGAAAAUGGCCAGAGGAGAUACGGAGGUCCACCACCUGGCUGGGAAGGGCCACCACCCGAGAGGGGCAGUGAGAUCUUCGUGGGCAAAUUACCCCGGGACCUGUUUGAGGACGAACUGGUGCCGCUCUGCGAACAAUUCGGAAAAAUCUAUGAAGUUCGGAUGAUGAUGGAUUUCAACGGCAACAAUCGCGGUUACGCUUUCGUCACCUUCGGCACCAAACAAGAAGCCAAGAACGCCAUGAAGCAACUCAACAAUUAUGAAAUUAGGAACGGGCGUCUCCUGGGCGUGUGUGCCAGCGUGGACAACUGCCGCCUGUUCGUGGGAGGAAUCCCCAAGACCAAGAAGAAGGAGGAGAUCCUGGCGGAGAUGAGGAAGGUGACCGAGGGCGUGGUGGAGGUGAUCGUUUACCCCAGCGCAGCCGACAAGAACAAGAACCGAGGGUUCGCCUUCGUGGAGUACGAGAGCCACCGCGCCGCCGCCAUGGCCAGGAGGAAACUGCUGCCAGGUCGGAUUCAGCUGUGGGGCCACGCCAUCGCCGUGGACUGGGCGGAGCCAGAGGUGGAGGUGGACGAGGACACCAUGUCGACCGUGAAGAUCCUCUACGUCAGGAACCUGAUGCUGGCCACAACCGAAGAAACCAUCGAGAAGGAGUUUAACUCCAUUAAACCUGGUGCAGUCGAGCGGGUGAAGAAGAUCAGGGACUACGCUUUCGUCCACUACUCCCAGAGAGAGGACGCCCUGACCGCCAUGACGGCGCUGAACGGAAAGGUGGUCGACGGCUCCCCCAUCGAGGUGACGCUCGCCAAACCGGUGGAUAAGGACAGUUACGUGCGGUACACCCGCGGCACCGGGGGGCGAGGGGCGGCCCUGCUGCAGGGCGACUACACCUACACGCUGGGUCAGGUGUACGACCCGUCGGCUGCCUACCUCGGCGCACCCGUGUUUUACGCCCCGCACGCUUACACGGCGCUGCCCGGUCAGUUCCGCUUCCCCGCGGCGAAGGGUCACGUGGGGACGCGCGGCAUGGUGCGCCCGCCUUCAGUCAGAGAAAUUUACAUGAAUAUGCCUGUAGGGGCGGCGGGGGUGCGCGGACUCGGCGGGCGGGGCUACCUGGCCUACGCGGGCGUGGGCCGCGGCUGCCCCGCCUAUCAGCUAAAGACGGACAAACAACCCGACGACAAACUGUACGACCUGCUGCCGGGCAUGGAGCUCACGCCCAUGAACCCUGUAACGCUGAAACCACAGGGCAUCAAACACGCUCCCCAGAUCCUGGAGGACGUUUGUCAGAAGAAUAACUGGGGGCAGCCGAUGUACCAGCUUCACUCGGCCAUCGGACCUGAUCAGAGACAACUCUUCCUCUAUAAGGUCACCAUCCCCGCCCUGGCCACCCAGUACCCCAACAUACACCCGUUCACGCCACCCAAGCUGUGCACGGCGGUAGACGAGGCUAAAAUCCACGCCGCGGAGCACACGCUUCAGAUUCUGGGUCUGCACACAGAGGGCGCCGAUGCCUCCGCUGCUGCCGCCGCUGCCGUGGCAUUCCAAGGUUACGCCAUAGCCAACACCACCGUCGCUGCCACCCAGCUCAAACAGGCCGUGACUUUGGGUCAGGACCUGACCGCUUACGCCACCUACGACGGCUACCCGGCGUUCGCCAUCGCCACCCGCGGAGACGCUUACGGCGUGUUUUAGUCCCGGCUGUCGUCUCCGUACGGUCUGAAGUGCCAGAACAUUUUAUAGAAUUUUUUACAGGUGUAUAUAGGGCUCGUAUGAAUUUAAAGCUUUAUGUUAUUGAAAUGUAGGUCCUCCACGUCACCCCCACAUAACACAAAUCCGCCAAAACUUUAGGACCACCCCCCACCCCUAAAACAUCCAUCAGAACAAUCGUGCAUGUGACUGUCCGGGAUUCAAACCCUGGGUGGAUGAUCAGCAUAAAUCAUUUUGACCGAAAUAUCACGGGGUGUCACGGGCAGCAGUGGUCCGAGGAGGGACGAGCCACCAACCGCCGCCAGGAGGCUGGGCAUCCAAGUCGUUGACUCCACAAGACAGAAAGGCUACGACGACUGGUACAGACCAACCUGAAAGAUCCUAAAAGAUUGCUAAUGUUUUGGUCCAUCGUUGUAAAAACAAGGUUAAAAAUUAUAAAUAAAUGAAAAAACAGCCCGUGUUUUAUAUUUGAUUGAUUAAGCACAGUGUAUCAGCAUAUAAAAUACAAUAAACAGCCUUAACAUUAAUAUAUAUAUUUUAUAUUUAAAGUCUGUGCUCAUUUUUUGAUUAUUUACUUUAACAGAAUAUCUAACACACGCUGUACGACCAAAAGUAUUCGGACACCUGAUCGUGUGCUUGUCCCGAUACUUUUGUUCGUAUUGUGAACCAUGUUUCCUGUUCUUGUUGUUCUUGUUGUUCGUGUUUUAUUUUUAUUUUACUUUAUUUUUGAACGUUUUAAAGAUUCCAGCUGGUCGUUGGUUGGACUCCUACAGCAGUGACAGUAUUAAAGUGUGUUCAGCACUUACAACUUAUUUUUAUACCUGAAUUCAGACACUGUUUGUUUUAGGAUCAUAAAAAUCAUCCGUCUCCUGGACUGGCAUUAAAAUAAUAAUAAUAAUAAUAAUAAUAAUAAUAAUAAUGAUGAUGAUAGUAAAUCAGACUGGGAGGGUGACUGGGAGGUUUGUCAAUUCGAAACAUCACUGAGCUCCCAAUUGUGAUGAACAGACUGAAGCUGAUGAUUAAAAUGUGCUUUUAAUAAAAUUUGGUUCAAUUCUGAAA